AUGUACCGAGGGGGGAAGAAAACCAGCAGCCGCGAAGGAUGGAGCAGGAUUUAUCUGUUUGGAAGUCAACCAUCACUUCCUUCCAGCUCCCCAUCCAACCUGUCCCUCACACCUCUCCAGGUGAGAAACCAGCUCGGGAAGAUAAAGACCAGGAAGGCUGCAGGACCGAACGGCCUCAGUUCCAGGCUCCUCAGGUCCUGCCCAGACCAGCUGAGUGGGAUCACUGGACAUCUGUUCAACCUGAGCCUGAAAUUGGGAAGGGUGUCACACCUCUGGAAGACAUCCUGCGUGCUACCUGUGCCAAAGACCCUGCAUCCCAAGGAUCCUAGCUGCUACAGGCCGGUAGCCCUAACAUCCCACCUCAUGAGGGCCCUGAAGCGGCUGGUCAUUGACCACCUGUGCCACCUGGUGAGCUCGUCCAUGGACCCGCUGCAGUUUGCGUACCAGCCUGACAUCCAAGUGGACGACGCCAUCAUCUCCAUCGAGGUCUUUCUCACUUGGAGUCGCCUGGGAGCUUUGUUCGGGUCCUCUUCCUGGACCUCAGCAGUGCUUUCAACACCAUCAGGCCAGACAUCCUGGGGGACAAGCUGGAGCUGUCUGGAGUGGACCAACACCUCACAUGCUGGAUUGUGGACUACCUCACCAACCGCCUACAGUAUGUGAGGACCUGGGACUGUGUGUCAGACACUGUUCUCUGGGGCCCCCCAGGGAACGGUGCUGGUGCCGUUCCUCUUCACCCUCUCCACCGCGUUCCA